GAGGGACCCUCUCCUGAGUAGGAUCCGCGAAAGAAUAAGUGGGGCUCUCUUUCUAGGGCUUCUGAUCAGGUUCCCGCCAUGGACUCCAAUAAUCAAGAGCAGCGUUUAGACGAAGUUCACAACGAUGAAGAACAAAGCAACACCGUCAACUUUUCUCCAUCAGAGACAUCAGUUAUGGACCCCUCAGAAUCAACGGUCCACAUGAAAGAAGAAUUAACAGACUCAGAAAAACAGGAAUUUGAUCAGUCUUCUUUACCUGUUGGCCUCGUACAAGUUCCUAUCCCACCAAUCAAUCGCUCGCUUGUUCCUAAACGCCCUUCCAAAGAUCGACACACAAAAGUCGAAGGCCGCGGUCGUAGGAUUCGAAUGCCCGCCACGUGUGCGGCCAGGAUCUUUCAAUUAACUCGCGAGUUGGGUCACAAGUCCGACGGAGAAACUAUCAGAUGGUUACUUGAACACGCAGAGCCGGCUAUUAUUGAAGCAACUGGAACUGGCACGGUGCCUGCUAUCGCCGUUUCCGUUAACGGUACGUUAAAAAUUCCGACAACUUCUGCGGCGAAACUAGACGGUGAAGAGUUACCAAGAAAACGGCGUAAAAGGCCUUGUAACAGCGAGUUCAUCGACAUCAAUGAACAUAGCCGAAGCUCUGUCUCUUCAGGGCUCGCACCAAUUACCCCCAUCACGACGGUAAAUACACAAGGUUUAGUGCCUGUGUGGCAUAUGGGUGCUUUUAUGUUGCCGGCAGCUCAAUCUGGGCUCGUUAAUGGUGGUGGCGGUGGUUCUAACCAGCCUCAUUUGUGGGCUUUUCCUGCUACCGCGGCUUCAAUUUUCAAUCUUCAGCCUAGACCCAUUUCGAAUUUUGUUUCUCAGGAAGGUGCGUUGGGGUCUACUUCUUUACCCAAUUCGGGUUCAUCAAGUGCUGCUUCAAGUGUUAGCGCUUCUAGUUCUUCUACUUCUACUGCUACUGCUAGUACUACUACUCAGAUGCUUAGAGAUUUUUCUCUGGAGAUUUAUGAUAAGAAAGAGCUUCAGUUUCUGGGUGGUUCUGCUAAUCAACAAAAAACUACUUGUUCAAAACCUUAGAUUUAGUUGAAGAUUUUAAUUUUGAUGAUAAUACAGUGUUAGUGUUAGGGUUUUAGUCUGAUUUUUGCAAUGCUAACAAAACCAACAAAGAACUGUUUGAUUUCUUUCUUUUUGCUAUCCAUUGAUUCGAGGCCUGCUUCUUUGUUCU